AUGGAUCGAAUUGUUGCAGGACCCUCAGCAGAGACGCCAACACGCACGGACGGCGCCAAUAUUGAUCCGCCCCGCGGGCGCGUCCCUGGCAAUCGCUUUGCGCCAGUGCCUCAUCUCUUGACGUAUUCCCGUUAUAUCAGUGAGUUGUUCUUACAGUACUGGUACCUGCUCAAAAUGAAGCGGGAGUUUAGUAUUGGUCCAAUGCUUGGUGAAGCCGUUGAUCGGCCUAUCAUCGUCGAUGGAGUGUACGAUAAGCAGGAGCUCGACAUAGUCUCACCGGAAUUACUGGAAGAAGUGGGAGAGUAUGGUGAGUCGAUUGAUAACUCUCUCCAUGACGCCUACGGCGAUGAAGGAGAGCAGGAAAGAAAUGGAGAUGAUCCUUACGGUGGUAUGCCUCUCGAUCUCUAUGACAAUAUUGUGGAAUUUAAGAGGACUGGAACUUACCCUCCUAACAUAGGUGCUCGACACGAUCGCAGUGCAUUAAGUCAUUGGCGGGCAAGAUGCCUACGUUUUGUGCUUGCGGAUGACAACGAGACGUUACUCUAUUAUAACCCGUCCAGCAGCGUGAAUGAUCAGCCAAAAGUGGUGGUGAAAAGGGGCGAAGUACGCCGUGUAAUUGAACGCAUCCACGAUUUGAUUGGUCACUUAGGGCAAAAAAGAACACAGAUUGUCGUGCUAAAAAAACUACAUUGGCGAUCCGUCCGACAGGAUGUGAAGACUUUUAUCAAUAGUUGCGCUUUUUGCAACCAAAAGAAGUUGGAAGGGAAGAAAAUUCUGAAAGCUCCUGUUGAUGUAACGAGUGAUAACUUCGAUCUAAAUGUUGAAGUGCGAAAUAAGUCAUUGGAAUCCAACGGGAUGUAUGACCGAUUAACCUUCAGUCUCAUUGGAUAUAACGAGCACGAAGUGCGUGCAGCUGCAGUAACAAGGAUGACGGCGUACACCUUCAAGGAAACUACGAAUGAUAUGCGAGGUCGAUUUGCUCGCCCAAAUUCGGGAACGAUACCGACGAAUUUUCGUCGCCAGCCCUACAUAAAGCGAACUCGUUACUCUCCUUACGCAUCUGGAUUUAUACUACCAUAUGCUACAAAGCAUAAAAACGAUGAACCUGGGUUUAUUGAAAUAUAUCAGGAUGAUCGACCAGCAUCUUUAACCACUGGUUUCAAUGGACACGUCUAUCCAGAAGAAGAAAUAGCGGAAGGUCAGCAAAUUGAGGAAUCUUCCGCUGGACAUAGCAAUAUAUCAGCAAGUUUGUCACGCCCGAGCUCGAUGUCUGCGAAGACGGAAGUCAGAAAUUCAUCCCAUCAUAUGCCAACAGAAUCCAAACGAGAUCAAUGUGACAAUACUGAAUUCUUGUUAUCAUCAUAUGAUGCGAUACAAUCGCGGCCUGAAAUGACCGCAUUGCCUCCGAUCAUGUUGAUGCCAUCCGUUGAUCCUGAAGUGAUACACAUGCAAAAAGAGCUACUAAUGCGACAACUUCGGCUGCAACGAAUGCAGGAAAAGGUUCUACAAGCUCAGUUUAACUCAAUGCGACUGCCAAUAGCAAGGUACGAGGAAAUCGACCCAGAUGGUGAGCGAGUCCAGUUACUUGGCGAGGAGGACGUUGACUUCAUCGAAGAAGCCGUAGAGGAGGAACAAGAGCUUAACGUGAUGAACAGCGGAGAUGAAAGCGGCGACGAGAUAAUCCGAACAGCUCCACGAUAG